AAGAGGAGAAUCCCGGUGGAUGUACCGUCAUGCAGCGCGGCCGCUUCUUCAGGAGAACAGAGAUGGCGACCGGUUAGAGCUACACGUAAACACCGCAUUUACACCCAGCUGGACUCCCCGACACGCUGAGGGGCAGCCAGCCUCAAGCACCUCCGCGGUGACACCGCAGCAGACCCCCCGGCAGACUCCUCUCGUUCUCUUGGUUGAAUACUAACCGAUUUCCAAACACUAAUUCCAAACAAAAACAUUAAAACAUGGAGGAACACUCCGGAGGAGGAGGAGGAGCGGCCGCCUCGAGACAGUCGCCUUUACCGCUGCAGCACCAGCAGGGGAGCAGCGGCAGCAGCAGCGGCGGUCCCCCUAUCGGAGCGGUCAUGGUCCCGCAGCAGAACGAAGACCUGCCUCGGCCUCAUCAGCAGUACACUAUUCCCGGGAUCCUGCACUACAUCCAACACGAGUGGGCCCGGUUCGAGAUCGAGAGGGCACACUGGGAAGUGGAGAGGGCCGAGCUCCAGGCCAGGAUAGCGUUCCUGCAGGGGGAGAGGAAGGGCCAGGAGAACCUGAAGAACGAUCUGGUCAGAAGAAUAAAAAUGUUAGAAUAUGCUUUAAAGCAGGAAAGAGCAAAAUACCACAAAUUAAAAUAUGGAACGGAGUUAAACCAAGGAGAAAUGAAGAUGCCGAUCUUUGAAUCAGACACCAAAGACUCUGAGGUGUCUGCUGUCCCUGCUAACAGCCAGCUAAUGUGGAAACAAGGACGGCAGCUGCUCAGACAGUACCUUCAGGAAGUCGGAUACACGGACACCAUCUUGGAUGUCCGCACUCAGAGGGUCCGCUCUCUGCUUGGCCUGUCGGGCUCCGAGCAGAACGGGUCAGUGGAGAAUAAGAACCUGCAGCACCUGAUCAACGGAACGGAGCGCUGUAAAGACGCCAAGAGGAUCCCGAAUGACAACCUGGAGACAUUCAACUUCCUGGAAAACGCAGAUGACAGCGACGAGGAGGAGGAUGAGGAAGGAGAUCUGAUGGAUGACAUCAGCUCAGACAAACACAGAACUAAAAAACACAAGACUAAUAUGGGAAACGAGGGACUGGCAUCAGAGGAUGAUGCGGACACAGAGGAGGCCCUCAAGGAGUUUGACUUCCUGGUAACUGCAGAGGAUGGAGAGGGAGCAGGGGAGGCUCGCAGCUCUGGAGACGGGACGGAGUGGGCGGAACCUCUGCCCUUCCCCUCCGGUGGGGGGAAGUCCUUCUUAUUGGGCGGGCCGGACGAUGUUCUGGAAAGUGUUUUGGGUCUGGGUGACCUGGCCGACCUCACCGUCACCAACGAUGAGACAGACUUUGGCUACGAUCUGUCCUCCGCUAAAGAGUCCGCGUUCAGGAAAACCUGGAACCCCAAGUACACGCUGCGGAGCCACUUGGACGGCGUCCGAGCGCUGGCGUUCCACCCGGUGGAGCCGUGCCUGGUCACCGUGUCUGAGGACCACACCCUCAAGCUGUGGAACCUCACAAAGACCGUCCCGGCCAAAAAAAGUGCCUCCUUUGAUGUGGAACCCAUCUAUACGUUUAGGGGUCACAUCGGCCCGGUUCUGUCCCUGGCGAUGACCUCCAGCGGGGAGCAGUGCUUCAGUGGAGGCCUCGACUCCACCAUCCAGUGGUGGAACAUCCCCAGCUCCAACGUCGACCCCUAUGACACCUACGAUUCCAGCGUCCUGGCGGGGUCGUUGUUGGGCCAUACGGACGCCGUGUGGGGGCUGGCUUACAGCGGCAUCAAGAACCGGCUCCUGUCCUGCUCCGCGGACGGAACGGUGAAACUCUGGAACCCAGCAGAGAAAGAACCCUGCAUCAGCACUUUCAACGCCAGCAACGAGCACGGGAUGCCCACUUCUGUGGACUUUAACGGUUGUGACCCCGCCCACAUGGUGGCGUCCUUUAACAGCGGAGACGUGGCAAUAUACGACCUGGAGACGUCCCAGACUGCACUGGUGCUGAAGGCUCAGGGAGACGGCGCUUCUCCGUCUUUGAAUCAUAUCAAUAAAGCGGUGAGUCACCCCACGCUGCCGGUCACCAUCACCGCCCACGAGGACCGUCACAUCAAGUUCUUUGAUAACAAAUCAGGUAAACUGAUCCACGCCAUGGUGGCUCACCUGGAUGCAGUGACCAGUCUGGCCGUCGAUCCAAACGGCAUCUACCUGAUUUCUAGCAGUCACGACUGCUCUCUCCGUCUGUGGAACCUGGACAGCAAAACGUGUGUGCAGGAGAUCACCGCUCACCGCAAGAAGAGCGAGGAGGCCAUCUACGACGUGACCUUCCAUCCGUCCAAAGCCUACAUCGCCUCCGCCGGAGCAGACGCCCUGGCCAGGGUCUACGUGUAGACGAGGAGCGGAGGACUGCAGGUCCGAGCCAGGAUUCAGGUCCGCUCAGCCUCCUGAACUCAGAGCGUCGUCCGUAGGAAGGGAUCCGCAGGAGAAGGCUGAAACCCCCGAACACACGCAGACGGUCGACUCCUCCUCCGGACUGAAACCCGCCUCAGCAGGCGAGACGGCUCCGCCCCGCGGACCGGGCCCCGUCGGCCCGUCCUUGUUUUCGUAUUUAACACUGCAGACGUAGGAACGUUAAAGGAAAGAUCCCCCUGCAGCAGCCUGGCCUGCUGGACUGCGGCCAUCCCCGUCCGCCCCGCCUCUGGCACCGUCCUCCCCGCCUCUGGCACCGUCCUCCCCGCCUCUGGCACCGUACGUCCCAGCUCCGGCACCAUCUGCCCGGCCUCCAGCGGCACACCUCCCGCCUCCAGCCUCGUUCUUCUUUUGCCUUCAGGGAACGUUUCAGGGAAAACCUGGAGGUUAACGAACAGCUAUUUAGUCUAAAAGCCGUCCGGUCCGAGUUCUGCAGCCAGACGGACCGCCGCUCUCAUGUUGUUACCACCUGAGUAUCGGACCUCAGGGUUCACCAAGCUGUGGCGAUGCAGCGAUGAACCCUUUUACGGUUCCGUUAGGUCCAGUGGGUCACACUGAGCUGCUUCCUUUGUAUUGUAUAGAUUGUAAGCAGGAAUUAGCGGAUCAGUAGUGGUCACUGGGUGGGAUGGUUGUUUAACUAUUGCUCACACUGGUUCUGAUGGUGCCGGUGUCAGUCUUCAUCGGACCACCCAGCAGCUUCUACAGAGCAUUAACCCCCGACCCCAGAACCCGAAGGCAGCUUAUCAAGGUUCUCCUGCAGGGAAGACACCGAGUAGGCCCAACAGAACCACCGACCUCCUUCAGGUUCGGCUGCCUGAUUUUGAUCCGACAGAAAACCCGGAAGUCUGGAGGUUUUCCAGGCGGAGAAGUCGGGGGAUUUUUCCUUUAACCUACAGAACAAAGUCUGGACUGAACCGAUAUCUGAUGUUUGAUCUGGUUUCUCCCCUUUUUUAAGAUAUUUAAUGUGCUGAUGUGGCCUGGAAAUGUUUUAGCAUCUGUGCAGUUUUAAAGAAAUUCAAAUGAAGGAACCAGAAAAAAAAGUUUUUUUUCUCUCCAAACACUGGCUGAGAAAAAUGUCUGAUAUAGUGAGGAUGGAGGAGCGGAUCGGAACCAGAACUUCGCCUCCUCAGGCUGUAACGGCCAAACGGAGCACCUCAUCUGAACACCAGUAUUUUUGUUGCGUGAGAAAAGUCUAGUUUUUAUAAUCCUUUUUAUAGAACUGUUGUUCCUAGAGCUGCCCUGUUCGCCAUCCCAGCUGGUUGCCAUGGCAGCCUGACUCUAAACAUCCAGCCGCCACUGACUGGAGUAGCUGGAGUCGAGAGGAGGGGGUCAGAGAAACCGUUUGCAGGUGUCCAUCCAGAACCAAGCAGGAACCAGGUUCUGGUGACACCCAGAGGGGCGGUGCCUCCGAUGCUGCUGGUUGGAGGAGCCUCCUCUGGCUGCUGUCUCGUGGAGAGAAAGUCCCAAUCAGUCAUCAGCGUCGACGGAAUAAAGCUUUCCAAGAACCAGAGGUCAGAAACGGGCCGUAGAACCCAGAGCCUUCCUCUGCAUGGAGGAGAGGAAGCGGACGCCUGGUUCAGAGCGCAGCGACGUUUCUGUGAUGGCGAGGAUGAGAACAGCUGGACCAGAACCCAGCUGUGACCCAAACAGGAGCAGCUUCCUCCUCUUCCUCUCACGCCCUCUGUCAGUGUUCCCACACUCGCCCCCAUGGCGAAGUCAGGACGGGAAUUCUUCGUUGUUCUGAUGCAGUUUUACUUUGAGUUUCUGUUGGUUUGAAGAGUUUGAUCACAAGUCCAAAUAAAUUCUGUGGUUUUAAAGACGACUCGGAUCAACUUUUUAACUGUGUGUCUGAAGCUGGUUUAUCCCCAUAAAGUAUAUUUUGUAGUCUUCCCAUAAAAACAAACAAAAUGAGGUUUAGAUUAUUUUUUUUUUAUAAACCAGACGUUUUUCAGAACUGUACCACGGAGCAGAAUACAGAAGUUGUACUGUACAUAAAAUGUAUAUAAUGAGUAAUAAAUGGUGUACCGGUA